UACGGUAAGCGGACACAUAAUUACAUUUUAACACAUUUCACUGACUUUCAGUUUCGUGCUGGAAAAAGGUGAGAGUUCUUUAGUAGCAGCUCGACGCUCGAGAUAAAUACACUGUGAUAUGUUGCCCAGUUGCUUGGCGUUUACGAAAUUACGUUUUUUCAUUUGGGCUUCGGUUGCAUUGUUGCUGUUGGUGAUUGCAGUGAUCAGCGGCACAACAAUCGCGAGCGUAAUAAGUGCUAGCAAACCUGUGCCGGAAGAAAAUAACGCUGCGACUCCCACGAGUUGCACUGCCUCGGCAGUUGGCAGCGCGGAGGCGCUUGUUAGCAAUCUCUUCGCUGCAAUAAAUGCUGCCAAAUGUGAGCUUACACGCGCCAGCCAAUGGCCAGCUGAUUUUGGAGAUGAAGCGCUUCGUGUGGGACUGGAGAAGUAUGAUUAUGUUGUGGUCGGUGCCGGCACUGCCGGUUCGGUGCUUGCCAGUCGUUUGACUGAGAACGCGCGUAUCAAAGUGUUGCUGCUGGAGGCUGGUGGAGAUCCACCUAUAGAAUCGGAGAUCUUCACACUAAGCUCAACGCUACAUCACAGCCCGUACACGUGGACAGAUUAUGCCGAGCCGAAUCCGAACUGCUGCCAAGGCAUGCAGCUGGGUCGCUGUUAUUGGCCGCGUGGCAGAAUGCUUGGCGGCUCAGGCUCCAUGAGUGGAAGUAUUUUUUUGCUUGGCAAUAAGGAGGAUUUCGACCGUUGGCGUGAAUUGGGUUGCGACGAAUGGUCGUGGGAGGAAAUGCAAUAUCUCUACAAAAAAGCGCUCAAAACCUCACAUCAGGAAAUCGUCGAUAAGCCAGUCGGUGCACUAGUACUGAACUACUUUGAACGUCUAGCGGAGCACAAUGAAUUGGCGCAACUUAUGCUCAAUGCUAGUAGUGAAUUGGGGUUGCGCUACAUACCCGAUUUGGCCGACGGCACAAGUGUUGGCUACACCGACUCAAUACCCGCAAAUAUAGCAAAGGGGCGGCGCAUGAGCGUUGCGAAAACUUAUUUGGGGCAAGUAUCAGCUACCCGACCUAACCUACAUGUCAUUAAGAACGCAUUGGUUACAAAGAUACUCUUCUCAGCAGACAAGAGACGCGCUGUGGGCGUUGAAUUCAACAUACGUAAUCACCAUGGCUUAAAAGCUGCCGCCAUUAAUGAGGUGCUGGUUGCGGCAGGCGCCAUUAAUUCGCCGAAAAUACUACUACAAUCGGGCAUUGGCCCAAUUGAACAUUUUAAGGCGCUCAGCAUCGAAGAAGUUGCAGAUUUGCCAGUGGGCAAUAAUCUACACGAUCACGGCAUGCUGCCUUUGAUACUCCGGUUUGAGCGCGAUAUUAAUGCGCCACCCAGUAUGGGCGCACCAGAAAGCGUUGUAAGUUAUUUUUUGCAACAAACAGGUCCCCUAGCCGCCAGCAUUAGUAUUAUGGGAUUCAUUAAUACAAAUGCGAGCAGCAGCAGCCAGUAUCCCGACUUGCAUUUGGUGUCGCACACAAUUGUACCUGCCGGUAAUGCGGACAGCUUCAAAUUUCUACAACUGCGCGAUGAAAUAGUCGCCGGCAUUGCGCGCAGGGCCGGCAAUAAUAGCCUCUUACAAAUUUAUGGCUCACUACUACGUCCGCGUGCGCGGGGCAAAGUUCGGCUACGCACGGCCGAUCCACAAGCACCGCCACUUAUUUACAACAACUAUGCCGGCGAGGGCGCUGAUCAGUUAACACUGCUACGUUACGUACGCUUCGUGCAACGCUUAUGCGCCACAGCGGCUUUUAAGGACUACGGCUUACAGUUGUUACACGUGCCCAUUCAAGAAUGUGAUCAGCUGACGUAUGAUACGGAUGCUUAUUGGUUGUGCUACAUCAAGUAUUUGUAUAUCGGCGCUUGGCAUCCGGUAGGCACUUGUCGCAUGGGCGCGGACGCUGAUCCGCACGCUGUGGUAGACCAGCGUCUGCGUGUGCGCGGCGUGAGUGGUUUGCGUGUAGUGGACGCGAGCAUAAUGCCGGCAAUAACGAGCGGCAAUACGAAUGGGCCAACAACACUGAUUGCCGAAAAGGCAGCCAUUAUGAUUGAGGACGACUGGAAGGAGGAACUAACGUAAUUUUUCGCUAUUCUCUCGUACAAGAUUUAAAAAAAAUAUUUUAGUUGAAUUGUAUUUGGAGUUUAAGAUAUAUCUUAUUGUUAAUUUAUUCAAAGAAAUUUUUUUUAAAUAUAAAUAAUAAAUGUGUAUAUUAUAAAAUA